AUGGACGGGCACUUAGCUCCGAUUUUCUUGACUGAUCAUAUCACCUACACCUCUGUACCUUACACGGUGCCCCAUACCUUGGUGCCCCAUACCUCUGUACCUUACACGGUGCCCCAUACCUCUGUACCUUACACGGUGCCCCAUACCUUGGUGCCCCAUACCUCUGUACCUUACACGGUGCCCCAUACCUUGGUGCCCCAUACCUCUGUACCUUACACGGUGCCCCGUACCUUGGUGCCCCAUACCUCUGUACCUUACACGAUGCCCCAUACCUUGGUGCCCCAUACCUCUGUACCUUACACGGUGCCCCAUACCUUGGUGCCCCAUACCUCUGUACCUUACACGGUGCCCCAUACCUUGGUGCCCCAUACCUCUGUACCUUACACGGUGCCCCAUACCUUGGUGCCCCAUACCUCUGUACCUUACACGGUGCCCCAUACCUUGGUGCCCCAUACCUCUGUACCUUACACGGUGCCCCAUACCUUGGUGCCCCAUACCUCUGUACCUUACACGGUGCCCCAUACCUUGGUGCCCCAUACCUCUGUACCUUACACGGUGCCCCAUACCUUGGUGCCCCAUACCUCUGUACCUUACACGGUGCCCCAUACCUUGGUGCCCCAUACCUCUGUACCUUACACGGUGCCCCAUACCUUGGUGCCCCAUACCUCUGUACCUUACACGAUGCCCCAUACCUUGGUGCCCCAUACCUCUGUACCUUACACGGUGCCCCAUACCUCUGUACCUUACACGAUGCCCCAUACCUUGGUGCCCCAUACCUCUGUACCUUACACGGUGCCCCAUACCUUGGUGCCCCAUACCUCUGUACCUUACACGGUGCCCCAUACCUUGGUGCCUCAUACCUCUGUACCUUACACGGUGCCCCAUACCUUGGUGCCCCAUACCUCUGUACCUUACACGGUGCCCCAUACCUUGGUGCCCCAUACCUCUGUACCUUACACGGUGCCCCAUACCUUGGUGCCCCAUACCUCUGUACCUUACACGGUGCCCCAUACCUUGGUGCCCCAUACCUCUGUACCUUACACCUCGGUACCUCGACUGUUCUCCAAGUCUCGGCGCAACGAAUUCACUGUGUUACUUGUCAUCGAAAUACUUGUAUAG